AUGGAAAGAAUAUAUCAGAAGAUAAGAGAAAAACAUGAAGAGAAACAGCAACUAGAGCAAUGUGCAGCAGCAACCUCACCACCUUCACCUUCAUCAUCUCCUGAAUUUUCCUUCUCCGUGGCUCUCCAUCCGUCGGCCACACAAAUCCCAGCCGAUAAAAAUAAAUCUUCCCUUCCUUCAUUUGCUUUAGAUUUAUCUCUGGCAGAUGAUAUAUUUUUUCAUGGCCAUUUACUUCUUCUCCAUCUCCGUUCCCACUUUCCGGUCUUGCCACGCUCUUCCACCAAUUCCUUGGAUAGUUUGAUGCUACCCAUAAAAAAACUAAGUAAUGAAGGUAACAAUACUGAUCAUCACAACUUUGAUCGAAGCAAUGUAUUCGAAGCCAAAGGGAGGGAAAAGUCAAAAUCUUUCUCUUUAUUCGGAUUAUCAAAGUGGCGAAAAGGGUGUGAAAAUAAAGAACAAGAAGAGAAGAUGACGACAAAAUUGAUGUUCGAGUUAAGUCAUGUGGUGAAAAUGUACAUGAGAAUGGUUAAGCCAUUAUUUUCAUUCGGAAACAGAAGAGGAAAUGCUGACUUUGGGAGACAACCUUAUUCACUUUCAGGGAAUUUAAUGUUUAAAAACAAGAAAGAAUUGAGAGGAAAGAGAGGUGAAUUUUCGGCUCUAGGUUCAAUAAGGACAUCUCCAAGAUAUAGCCUGCCUAGUAGAGGAGCAUUAUCCCUUUUAGUGGCUACUGGCACUCUUACUCUGACUAGUAAUAGUGACAGCACCAUGGAAGAGUUGCAGACAGCAAUUCAAGCUGCAAUUGCUCAUUGCAAAAAGUCCGUGGGAUCCAAUUUUUUCUCUAACGAUCAAAAAAUCAAUUAUUAUAAUCACUACCGAACAUGCUCUAUACUUGUAAAGGGACGCAGAGAACUAGAGUUGGGCAUGAUCUCUAUCUCUACAAUGCAAACUCUAUCUUGGGAAACUCUCAAAAGUCUAGAUUCUUCCAUUAGUCAGUUUUGCAUGCAAAUCAAGGCAUCAAAUGUUUUAGGAGUUAAAGAACUCCUAAAUGGAUCAAGAAUGCUCCCUCCCGUACUAACUGCUGACUAA